AUGUCAAUAAUGUCCUGCGAAAAUAAUAUUAAACUACAAAUAAAUGCCAACAUAAAACAAGCUGUAGAGGCAGAAGUUAUAAAAGCAUUAAAAACAGAGGAUUAUACUUUAAAUACAGUCAAUAGCUAUGGAGAGAAUUUGUUACAUAUUAGUGCAGCUAAUGGUUGCUUGGAUGUUAUAACAGAAAUUUUACAAAAGUGGGAUUCCCAUAAUGUUAUUGACAGAAAAAAUCAGUUUGGCUGGACACCACUAAUGUUAGCAAUUCGUAAUAGAGAUAUUAAAACAGUAAAAUUUCUUUUAAAACAAAAUGUUAACGUAAAUGAAUCAACCUAUCUUGGAAUGUCAGUUCUUGGAUUAGCUGCUGCUAUUAAUAAAGAAAUGUUUGAAAUUGUAUAUGAAGCAUGUCCAUCAGCAUUGCCUAAUUGUAUAAAUGAUGAUAUUACACCACUUUGUAUUGCUGCCAUGAAAAAUGAUAAAGACCUGUUUUUCAGACUGUUGGAGCUUGGUUUUGAUGUGUCUAAAAGCAAUGAAUAUACUCAAAUUAUGAUGAAGCAAUCAAUAGUACCUGAGAUAAGAAAUUUAGCUAAAAGAAAUCUUAGUAUAGAAAAUUAUUGGAAUGAUGUUUCAGAUAAUAUUCCUAUAGAGUACAGUAUUGAAAAUAAAUGUGAUAUUAAAAAAAAUAAUAUUAACAAUAAUAAUGUAUUAUCCCCAAAUAUUCAUAUUAAGCCAAUUUGUAUACCUAAUUCAUUAAAAAAUGAUAAUAAUGAAUGUAAUAAUAAUAUAGUAAUAGAUUCAAACAAAUAUUUAAAACCUUGUGCUUUAAAAUUAAUAUCAAAACAAUUAGAAUGUGUUCCACAUAGUCUAAUUUCACCAACUUUAACUUGUACUCUUGAUGAAAUAUUACCACAGUCUCCAAAUAUAUACUUUAUGCAAAAUAAACAGGAUGAACAAAUUAAUUUGAAUAUAAUGACUGAUAUAGAAAACAAAGAACCAAUAGAAAAUAAAGAUGUCAUAACAGCAUGUUCAGGAAACAAUGACUUAUCUGAACUGCAUUUGUCAAGAUUACAGUCCAUUUGUCCACCAAAUCUAAUUAUUCAAACUGAACAAGAAGAUCUUGAUGCUACCCUUGGAUAUAUACCUGAAUUUAGUCCACUUCGUUCACCAAAUGUACCUCCAGAUAUAAAUGAUGAAAAUGUUUUUGGAGAAAGUACACCAACUCCUCCACGUUAUAAAACACCUCCAAGAGGAAUGAUUUUAAAUUCAGAGGAAGCAAAAAUGUUUGUUUUAUUAAAACAGUAUGGGCUAAGUCAACACAUUCCAAUUUUUCUUGAACAAGAAGUAGAUGUUAGUUUAUUUUUAACUCUGACUGAUGCAGAUUUAAUUGAGAUUGGAAUAGAAAAUGAAUCGGACAGAAAAAUUAUAUUAAAUGUGAUAGCAGAUUGUAGAAAGUCAAUGAUAUAGAAAUAUGUUUGUAGUUAUAGCUAAUUAUUUAUUUUUACUAUAUUUAUUAUACGCUUUAACUGUUCUUAUACAUAGUACAAUAUUUUAACAAAGAUAAUGUUGAUCAACACAAAUAAGGUAAAUGAUAGAAUAAUAAAUUUUAUUUUUAAUAUUUGUUA